UGAUAAAUGUGACUAGUGUAAUAAUCAAUGUGUUUCCUCCGAUCAGUGUGAUCAGAGUAGGUACUCUCUCUUCUCUCUCUCUCUCUCUCUCUCUUUCUCUCUCUCUCGCGCUCUCUCUCCCGUGAGUCAGUAACUCGCUCGUGUUACAUUGUAACCGCUGUCACUGACACACUCAACACACGGACGGAACACACGGCGGAGAGGAACCCCACACACUCUUCUGUCUUCAGCGACAGGAAACGUGGACCCCUGGAGAUGUUCUUGAGCACAGCGCUUCGUCUGUACUUGUAAUAUAAGAAGUAUUAACAGAGUGGUGGCGAUGAUGAUGAUGAUGAUGAUGAUGAGGAUGAUGAUUUUUGAGGAAGGCGACGCGGGGACGCUUUCCGUAGCGAGCCGAUUGCUUUAACUCAUCGCUCACCCGCUCUGUUAUGACCGAGCCCCGGAUCGCGGACCCACAGCUCGCCCCCUGGGACAUGACAUUGAUGUCGCUGACGGCAGGAGGAUGCGUCCGGCCGGCGGCAUCAGCAGCAGCAGCGGCUCCGCGCCCCGCUUCUUCGUGCGCGCCGCCGCCCUCGGACUCUUGGCCGGGAUUCUUCUCCAGACUCCCUCCUUCGGCAUGGCAGUGCUCUUUGUGAAGCUCCUCAUGUACUUGUCCUUCGCCCUCUUGUGUGUGUCGCUGGGCGCCCUGGGGGUCCUGGGCAGGAGGGGUCCCAUCCGAGCGGCCCGCUUCGACCCCCGGAGGCGCACCGCCGCGCACCUGUCGGCUCUGCUCAACUCGAUCAUCGGCCACUUUUCAGUGCCUGCUGUGGAGUCGGUCCCAGCGAGGCGGGUGGUGGUGUCACACAAUGUGGACAGGGCCCUCAAAGAAGUGUUUGACUACAGCUACAGGGACUAUGUGCUCUCCUGGUACUUGCCGCUGAGUCGCGACGAGGGCCGGCUCCACGACUUGCUCCUGGGGGAUUUCUGGGAGAUGGUCCGGCAGCUGAAGGGCCGCGUAGCGGAGGUGGACCUGGUCAAGCUGGUCUGCAGCGAUGCCGUCAGGGCUGUGCAUGCCCACUUCUGCUACCUCAAGGCCGCCAACUCCAGGCAGGAGGAGCUGCCCCAGCCCUUCCCUCUGCACCCGUGCCUCCGCAGCCCAGAGGAUGAGCUGCGCUUCCUGCGCUCCUGCGCCCGACUCCUCCUGCUCUGCCUGAUGCCCGUGCACCAAGCCCGUGCCCAUGGCCUGCGGGCAAUUCUAGCGGAGGUCCUUGCCACCAAAGUGCUCAAACCCCUGGUGGAGGUGCUCAGUGACCCUGACUACAUCAAUCGCAUGCUGUUGGCUCAGCUAGAACAUCGAGAGCAGCAGACUGAGCACCACAGGAAGGCCUACACCUACGCUCCCUCCUACGAGGAGUUCAUCAAGCUCAUCAGUGGCAGCUCUGACAUUGACUUCCUCGAGCAGCUGAGGUACCAGAUUGUUGUGGAAAUAAUCCAGGCAACCACCAUCAGCAACAUGCCCCGGAUGAAGAAGCAGAAAGAGUGCAAAGGGAAGGAGGCAGCUGCCAUGAAGGCAGACCUGCUGCGGGCGCGCAACAUGGAACGCUAUAUCAACCAACUGACGGUGGCCAAGCGUCACUGCGAGAAGAGGAUCCAGCAGCUGGGUGGACCCAACUACGAGCAGGAGGAUGGAGUUGUUGAUGAAGGUUACGGGACCCAGUGCCAGAAGAUAAUCCAGUUUGAGGAAAUCAUGUCCAACCCCACGUUGCGAGAGCACUUCCGCACCUACAUGGAGAGAGUGGACAAGAGGGCGCUUCUCAGCUUCUGGGAGCAAGUGGAGAUGCUGAAAACUGCCAGCAAGAGCGAAGUGCCCCAGCUGGUGGGGGAGAUCUACCAGAAGUACUUCGUGGAGAGCCGUGAGAUCCCGGUGGAGAAGACCCUGUAUAAGGAGGUUCAGCAAACGCUGGUGGGGAACCGGGGCAUAGAUGUAUUCCUCAAGAUUCAGAGUGAUGUGUACAAGACCAUGAAGGAACGCUACUACCCGUCCUUCCUGGUGUGUGACCUGUGCGAGAGGCUCACCCAGUGGCAGGAACAGUGCAGCGACUCGCAGUCUAGCUGUGAGAACCAAGAUGAGACGAUCAUUGAGACUGGAGAGGAAGUGCUGGAAGAGGACAAUCACGGAAUCAGGGAGCACACAAACUACGCCACCAGCAGGCUACAGCAACUCAGUGACAAGCUGGAGUACAAGAGGCAGGCCCUGGGCUCCAUCCAGAACUCGCCAAAACCGGACAAAAAAAUUUUGUCCAGACUGAAGGAGGAGAUUGGGGCUAUGGAGAAGGAGCAAGGAGAGCUACAGCAGCACAUCUCCCGCACAGACUGGUGGUGCGAGAACCUGGGCCGGUGGAAGGCUGUUAUCGACAAUGGGGAGGCCAUGGAGGAGAACGGGGAGCAGGUGCCAUGCUACUGUGUGAAAGUGAGUCUGCUGGACGCGGAUGAAGUCGAGGGCAGUUGCUGGUCUGUCUCCCGCAAGCUCAGCGACUUUCAGAUGCUGCACCGGAAGCUGGUGGAGGGUCACCCAUCGCUGAAGAAGGUCCAGCUGCCUGCUCUCAGUAAACUGCCAUUUAAAUCCAUUGACCAAAAAUUUCUCGAAAAAUCCAAGAACCAGCUCAAUGCUUUCCUAGAGAAAACCAUGACAGACGAGUGCCUUUGCCAGAGUGAGGCCCUGUAUGGCUUUCUCAGCCCUUUCCCUGAGAUCUGCAAGGAAACUGCCAUCCAGAAGAAGUCCUCUUUCUCCCUGUCCUCAUUCCUCGAGAAGCUGCCAGGAGACCUCUUCUCCCAUCAGGAGCAAGAGGAGGCGGAUGACGACAGCGAUGUCUCCGACUGUGGGGAUGAGGUGGAUGGGAGGAGGGAUGGAGUAGCUGAGCCCUGCUUCAUGCUGAUUGGAGAGGUCUUUGAGCUCAGGGGCAUGUUCAAGUGGGUGCGGAAGACCCUAAUUGCACUGGUCCAAGUUACCUUCGGACGCACCAUUAACAAGCAGAUUCAGGACACAGUCAACUGGAUGUUUAGUGAGCAGAUGCUCAUUUACUACAUCAAUGUGUUCCGUGAUGCCUUCUGGCCUGAUGGGAAGUUGGCAGUCCCUGCAGAAGCCCGGUCUGACUCUGAACGCAGAGAGACUAAAGAGCAAGCCCAGCAGAAGCUUCUGGAGAAUAUACCAGACACAUUGCUGAGCCUUGUGGGGCAGCAGAAUGCUCGACACGGCAUCAUCAAGAUCUUCAAUGCUUUACAGGAGUCCAAUGCCAACAGGCAUCUCCUCUAUGUUCUUCUAGAGAUGGUGCUGAGGGAACUGUGUCCUGAACUGUGUGCAGAGAUUAACCAGGUGUGAUAUCACAGGAAGCACGAUGAGAAGCAUGACCAAAACAGACCUUCAGUGAGGAACAUGUGCAUCCCAGUGCAUCAGGUCCAGCAAAAGAAAUCUGGUAAUGCACAGAGACAGAGAGAUGUCCUCCAACCUUCUCGCAUUGUGAACCAUAAAGGAGCAGAAGCACUGAGCACAGAUGCAUGCCAAAGCAUUCAGUAAGGAAACCAUCUGUUUGCUGGCAUCAGGGAACCCUCUAGUAGAUAUUGAGGGACCGAGUUGUCUUGUUGUUUCUAGGGGUCUUCUCAGUACAUGUUUGACAGUAGGCAUCUGUUCACUUCCGUUUGAUCCACCAUCAUCAGAGCUCAUAGGGAAAAGUUUCUUUGUGUCUCUCUCAUUGCUCUAAAUGAUUUUCCUGUAGCGACCCAGUUUCACUGCAAGUUUCUGUUGCUGAAAAACCGGUUUUUGUUGAGAUGACUCCAUGAGGAUGUAUUUAUUGUCAAUAACUGUGCAAUGAUGGAUGUUGUAACCAUGCUGGGGAAAAAAACAUUCCUUGACUUUUUCUUGUGCCCUUCAGGAGGCUUUGUCGUGCAAUACUUCAUGUAAAGUGUUUGUUUCAAUUUCGUCAUUUGUUAGGGGUAUACUGUAUUUUUAUGAAAAAAUAGUGUUGAAUAUUUAUAAGCAAUAAAUUGCAGAUGUAUAUUAUUUUCUCAUUCAGUUUCCUUUCCAAGAUUAUAUAUGAUAACCCUAAAAUGGA